AUGAAUGAAAACUACAAUUUCAGGGAGUCACUGAACCUCGUCAUAGUCGAAUUGAAAAAUGACGGAGUCAUCAUGAAGCUUUGGCAUAAAUGGUUGAUGUAUAUUAACAAACCCCUAUGUGAAAACAACGACGAUAAGGAUUCGGAAAUAUCAGAGAUGUCACUAAGUCAAGUUGCGGGAAUAUUCUACGUGCUUGUCGGUGGGCUGGCUUUAGCACUUGGCGUUGCUUUAUUGGAGUUCUGUCACCAUGGACGAAGCGAGGCGUUGCGCAGUAACGUGUCUUUAAGCACUGCACUGAAGGCUAAAACAAAGACACCGUCGCGUACUGAGAGGAAGACACCUCAAAGGUCUCGAGACCAGGACAGGCUUGGAUGGAAUGGCGCUGCAUUUGGUGGUUACUUCCCGGCUGGAAACCAGACCUCCCAGGAUGAUGCUGUACAUGCCAGUUUCACGCAUGUCUGA